ACAGCAACGACAUCCACAAAUUCUUUUUCUGACGCGUUUUUUUUUCUUAGCAGUUUUAAAUUUACAACACACCGAAGAUGAAUGAGGGGAGUGGAUACUCCAUACAAACAAUAUGCCGCAUCUGCUUGAAUCAUUUGCGAAACGAUGCCGCCUACGACCUGUUUCUGGUCCCGGGUCUGGCCAAGAAACUGUGUGUGUGCACUUCACUCUCCGUGGAACAGCAUGACGGGUUUCCUAUGAAUCUGUGCACCAAUUGCUAUACCCGGCUCAACGACUUGCACGACUUCCAGAAGCUGUGCGUGGACUCCGUGCAAAGGUUUCAAGAAAUGGUCGCCAACAAUUUUUUCACAACAACUGCUGCGCCCAUUAACCAAAUUGACAACUUUGACGUCUUGAAUGUUGCGACACAGGAUGCAGAUUUGGCUGGCGAGGAAGAGGAUCGGAUAAACUUUGAUCCGUUGCUGAAUCACAAGAUGGAGAUUAUAGAGAACGAAGAGGACGUGUUCAAAAUGCUGGAGCACGUCGACAAAGAGGCGGAGGAGGUUGAGAAAGAAGUCAAACAAGAUGUUGAGGACCAGACUGGCAUUCUCCAAAUGUUUGGCGAUGAAUCCUCAAUCGCAAGCAGCAACGACAAUGACAACGAUGUGGACUUUGAGCCUAACAGCAGUGACGGCGACGACGACAUGCCCCUGGCCCAACGUCUCCGUGGGAAUCCAAGAACAAGCAGUAAAACGAAUGUGAAAAGAGUUCUCGCCAAUGCAGAGCUUGAGGACGACUUUAGCUCAGGAUCGGAAGAAGACGGCACCAAAUCCAGAAUGAAGCGCAAGCGGAUUCCAGCUGCUGAGCGGCACUUGCAUCGUAUCAUCGACUGCCAUAUUUGCCAUCAGAAGUUCAAGAAGGCCAUCCGUUACGAGGAGCAUAUGAAGCACCAUAACGAUCUGUUGCCUUUCCAGUGCAAAGUAGAUACCUGUAGAAAGGGUUUUACAACGGCUGGUGGUCUGCGGCUUCACGUCGAUCAUGCGCAUACGGAACUGUCUGAGGUGCAUGCCUGUAGCGUUGAAGGAUGUGGCAAGACAUUUCCUCGCAUUCGCCUGCUUACUUUCCAUAUGAAGAAGGUGCAUAACAUUUCGAAGGCUGCGGCGCCGCCAAGAGAUUAUCCCUGCACAGAGUGUGAGAAGGUCUUCCGCUGUCCCAUGGCACUGAAGAAACACAUGUACAAGCACGACGGCAAGGAGCUGCCAUUCCCUUGUAAUAUAUGUGGCAAACGUUUUGUGAUCAACAGCGCGCUAAAAGAUCAUCUGAUGCGGCACGCUGGCAUCAAGAACUACGUGUGUCCUUACUGUGGCGUUGGCAAAACCACGCGGCAGGAAUGGAACACGCACAUCCUUACGCAUACCCAAGAGAAGAAGUUUAAGUGUCACAUAUGCGAGCAUGCCUCCCAUAACAAGCAGAGUCUGGCCAACCACAUCAAGAUUGUGCACGAGAAGAUCAAAAACUAUGCCUGCCAGUAUUGCGGCAAAACCUUUGGCAAGUCGCAUGCAUGCAAAAUCCACGAGAUGACGCACACCGGUGAGAAGCGUUGCGAGUGCAAAGUGUGCGGCAAGAAAUUCCUUUAUCCAAAAAGCCUUACGAAGCAUUUGAAAACGCACGAAAAGCGUGUACUGCGUGCCAUUGAAACGUAUCGUCAGCGCCAAGUGGAACUUGGUGAAGUGUCCACAGGCACUGGCGAGCCAUCGGAUAUUGCGGCAGCUGUUGCAGUCGUUGAAACACCGACGACUGCGGAUGCAGUCGAUGUGAUAAUAUCCCAAAAUGCUGCCGAUGAGCUGCUUAAGGUGUGCGCCGAGUCGGUGGCAACGAUACCCAGGGAUCCAAGACGUGUGCAGCGUGUGGACAUAGCGCAGCUGGCUGGCACGGCAGUUAAUCCAAUUCCAUCAGUGUCAGUACCCUCCUGGUCACCACAGGUGAACUUUACGAAGAAGGAAGGCAAACACAUUUGCCCCGGCUGCGGGCAGGGCUUUAACAAUAUUGGCAACAUGAAACGGCACUACAAGAUCAUACACGAGAAGGUAAAGGAUUUUGCCUGUCGCUUCUGUCCAAAGCGAUUCGCUAAAGCGCAGACACUGCGGCAUCACGAAUGGAUACACACUGGCGAAAAGCCUUUCGAGUGCAAAACAUGUGGCACACAUUUUCGACAGGAGACGGCGCUCAAGCGUCAUCAAAGAACACACGAAAAUCGCCCACCCGUCAUAUCAUCCAAGUUCUACGCAGCGCGCGAGGAAUUGGAGGAGCAGGAGCGCACGAAACGCGAGGCCAGGCGCAAAGCUGAAGCGAAACGCAAAGAAAUUGCGGAGGCCGCUAAAGAGCAACUCUCAUCGCUGCACAAGAUCGAGGCCACCGACAAGAAUCUGCACUCGUAUGAUGAGUACCAAGAGGCUGCCGCAGAGCGUGCAGCAGCAUCAGCUGAAUUGCAGGCACAACAGUUUGAGGAGAACGAGGUCAAGCGACGGGCGGACAUGGAGCGUCUCAAAAUACAAGAGGCCGCCUACGAGCAGCUGCAAAAACUACAAAAGCAGCAAGAAAUCGAGAAGGCACAAAGCUCCUACGACGGGUACUAUGCGCAAAAGGCCAACGCCGACGGCACAACCCUGGAUGACCUUAAGAUUGAUCAUGUGUGAGAGCGGAUUGCUUGAUAAGA